AUGAGCAUCCAAAAGAUUGAGGCUCGCAUGAUCAUCGACUCGCGCGGCAACCCUACCGUCGAGGUCGACCUGCACACGGAGAAGGGUCUUUUCCGUGCUGCCGUGCCAUCGGGUGCGUCCACGGGUGUGCACGAGGCCGUCGAGCUGCGUGACAAGGACUCGAGCAAGUGGGUCGGCAAGGGUGUCGACCAGGCUAUUGCCAACGUGAACAACGUGAUCGCCCCUGAGCUGAUCAAGUCUGGCAUUCCUGUCACGUCUCAGAAAGAGAUUGACAACUUCCUGAUCAAGCUGGACGGCACCCCCAAUAAGGGUAAGCUCGGUGCCAAUGCCAUCCUGGGUGUUUCGAUCGCUGCUGCCAAGGCUGGCGCUGGCGAGAAGAACGUGCCACUCUACAAGUACCUUUCAGAGCUGGCCAACACGGGUGCCCCCUACAUCCUGCCCGCCCCUGCUAUGAACGUGAUCAACGGUGGCUCGCACGCCGGCAACGCCCUGGCCUUCCAGGAGUUCAUGAUUGUGCCCACGGGUGCCAAGUCUUUCACUGAGUCGAUUCAGAUCGGCACGGAGGUGUACCACACGCUCAAGAAGGUCAUUAAGAGCAAGUACGGCAUUGACGCUACCAACGUCGGUGACGAGGGUGGCUUUGCUCCUAACCUCCAGUCGGCUGACGAGGCGCUUGACCUGCUGGUCGAUGCUAUCAAGAUGGCUGGCUACGAGGGCCGCGUGAACAUCUCGCUUGACGUCGCCAGCUCGGAAUUCUACAAGGAGGGCAAGUACGACCUAGACUUCAAGAACCCCAACUCGGACCCAAGCAAGUGGAUCACGGGUGCUCAGCUCGCCGACAUCUACAAGGGCUACCUCCAAAAGUACCCUAUCACGUCGAUUGAGGACCCCUUCGACCAAGACGACUGGGAAGCCUGGUCGGUACUGCGUGAGACCGGCGUUACAAUCAUCGGUGAUGACCUGACGGUCACGAACCCCCUCCGUAUCAAGACGGCCAUCGAGAAGAAGGCGUGCAACGGUCUUCUGCUCAAGAUCAACCAGAUCGGCACGAUCACCGAGUCGAUCCAGGCUGCUCAACUCGCUCAGUCCGACAACUGGGCUAUCAUGGUGUCGCACCGCUCCGGUGAGACGGAGGACACGACGAUUGCUGACCUUGCCGUCGCCCUCAACGCGGGUAUCAUCAAGUCGGGUGCCCCUGCUCGUACGGAGCGUGUGUGCAAGUACAACGCCCUUCUCCGCAUCGAGCACAUCGAGAAGGACGCUACCUACGCAGGCAUUGAUGGCUUCGUGCGUAACCACGAGGCUCCUAAGGUGAUCCGUAAGUAA